AUGCAACGCCGCCGCUGCUUCCGUCGUCGGAGCAAGAUUAGUGACGUAGCCGAUAUCUCAUCUGCUAUAGCCAAUCGGGCUGACCUUUGUGCAGCGUCAGUGCCAGACGGAGCGUGCAGCAAGCGAGCAACUUGGAGCAGCAUGACUGAAGCAAAGGAGGGGCGCAGAAGGCAGAGCGACGGACAGAGUGUGCCGGGGCAACGGAGCAAGCUGGAGCAACGUGGAGCAGCAGGCGUGAAGGGAAGGCGUGGUGCAGGAGUGGCAGAGCAGCGGACAGAGUGUGCCGGGGCAACGGAGCAAGCUGGAGCAACGUGGAGCAGCAGGCGUGAAGGGAAGGCGUGGUGCAGGAGUGGCAGAGCAGCGGACAGAGUGUGCCGGAGCAACGGAGCAAUUUGGAGCAGCAGGCGUGAAGAAAAGGUGUGGCGCAGGAGUGGCAGAGCAGCGGACACAGUGUGCACUCAAGGGGACAGUCGCUGCAGCAACGCAGGGAUCACCAGUGGCUGCAGCAACGCAAGGAUGAUGGCAAGCACUCACCAAGUUAGCACUAAGUCCUGCUAUCCAGUACCAGCAGUAUGGGCAUCAGCGGUGGCAGCAGCAUCAGCAGUGGUGGCAGCAGUGGUUGCAGCAGUGGUGGCAGCAGUGGUUGCAGCAGUGGUGGCAGCAUCAAAGGCCACUGCAGUGGGUGCGGCUGCAGCAAUGGAAGG